UGCGCUUUAUAAAACCUAAAAUUCAAUACUUGUUUUCAAUUUUUGAUUUUUCAAGCAAAACUCAAAAGCAAAUACUCUCUAUCCUAAAAUACUUAAUAAAAAUGUACUCUCAUUGGUUGUUAAAAACUAUUUGGAUUGCAUCCUGACCGUGAUGCAUUGACGAAACAUAAAAUUAAGUAACGGUAUCAGCGUAAAAAGGCGCAGCAACUUUUUUCGAACUUUCCAAACUGCGCCUAUAUUAUUAAUUAAUCUAAUUCUAAGCUAUUCUACUAUAACCAAAAUGUCGUCGUAUGAAUGUGAGCGAAGGGUUGCAACCGAUAAACUUCAAAUCGGCGCUACCGAUCGCAGAGUGAAGGCAAUCAGUCAUGUUGGUCACGCGGUUAAUUUGGCAAUUGAGCGGUUCGUAACAAUAGGCGAAAUAAUUGCCGAGGACAAUCUUGAUAUCAAAACGGAUAUUUUGGAAUGUUGCAGAAACGCAAGAGAUGCAGGAAAAUCAAUCGAACGCUUAUGUGAUAUUUCUGCCAUGGAUAACAUGAAUUACUCAACUUUAGAAUUACCUAUCUAUGAUGAAAACGCAAUUAUAAUCGCAGCUAAAGCACUCAUAUCCGCUGUAACUAGAAUUUUGCUUUUAGUUGAUAUUGUUGUUGUGAAACAACUCCUCACUGCAAAGAGGAAAAUUGUGAAGAGUCUACGUAGACUUGAAUCCGUUGUGAAUUUUACCGAAUUUGUACGAGCUUACUCGUUAUUCGGCAUUGAAAUGAUAGAGCUUGCAUAUCUAAUACGAAAUCAACAAAAUAAUAUCAAGGAGGAGCGGCGCCGAGCGCAAAUGUUUUCAGCUAAGCAAAUACUUGAACAUUCAAUUUCAAUUUUAUUAUCAUCAUCAAAAGCGAGUCUACUACAUUACGACUGUAUGAUAGCCAAAGAGAAUCGGGAUACUGUAUUUUGUCAAAUCAGACGUGCUAUGGACUUGAUACAUUUCGUGGUUAAAGAUUGUAUAUUCGAAACACAAUUUCUAACAUAUAACGAACCGGCUACGAAGAAUAUCGGCGGCGAAACUGUACAAUCAGCAUCGAAUUAUUUAACAUUUUUGUUGGAGAAAUUUCGCACGAAACCCCUCGAUGAACCGAAAUCGACUACUAUGUAUAUAGGCAAUAAUAAUUAUUCGAAAAUCGCCGCUUCGACUACGAUAACCGAGAAGAAAUGGAAUAAUGAAUAUAGCGGUAGUUGUAGUGGUAGUGGUAGUGGUACUGGUAGCGGUAGCGGUAAACGUCGAAAUUCGUUUGGUAGUGAAGAUGAGAAUCUUCUUAUAGGAAAUAAUUAUAAACAAUGUGGUACAAAAAUUUCACCAUUUACAGAUCGAGACUUGAUGACACCAUUUAAUAUUGAAUUAAUCGAAGAACUGAUAUAUGCUUUUGAGAAACUAUUAGAGAAAACCCAUGACUUUACCGAUUCAGCUUAUACAAGUCAUGAGAAUAGAGAACAUAUUUUAUUCCUUUGUGAUCGAUGUAAACUAGAGCUUAAAAAAUGUUUAAAUAUUUUAUAUAAAACGGAACGUAAUACAAGACAUAUUAUGGAUGAGGAGAUCGAUCGAGUUAUUGGCACAGCAAAGAAUCUAACACAACAACUUAUACUCUCGGUUGCCGAUCAAACUGCUGAUCUAUAUCAUUCACUGAAAUCGUCAGUGGAAUUAGUUAAUAAUUUUCAUUUGUUAGCGCUAAAUGAGGACCCGACCUCGUUUCAGGAGUGGUCGAAUAAAUUUCACGAUUGUUGUGAUCACAUUAUAGAUGUAUGCAAAUUGUUACAGCACAUUGCUUUUACAGAGAGCUUACAAGUACAAUCGAAAUGUUUAGCUAUUAAUCUACGUAUUUAUGGUCCACAAGUUAUAUUGGCCGUUAAAAUAUUGUCGAGAUAUCCAACCAGUGUUCCGGCGAAUGAGAAUAUGGAUGCGUUCGCUGAAAUGUGGAAAUGGCUGAUAUCGGAAAUAACAAAUGUUGCACAACAAAUCUUAGAUACCACAGGCGAACAGUGCGACAAUAAAGCAAUUAAGAAAUAUAAGCCCACUACCGCAAGGCCGCUCUCCGUUGGUCAGGAGGAACAAACCGGCAAGACGGCAACAGCUGAGACCACAAAAGAUAUGCCAGCGGAAAUCGCGCCGUUCAACGAGAAAUGGAAUGACGAAGUAAACGAUAAUAAUGACAUUAUAAAACGUGCUAAAAAUAUGUCAGCGAUGGCAUUCGCUAUGUAUCAGUUUACGAAGGGCAACGGCACUUUGCGAACCACGCAGGAUCUCUUCACGCAAGCGGAAUAUUUUGCGGAAGAAGCAAAUCGUCUAUAUAAGGUUUUGCGACAAUUUUCAUAUCAGGUACCGGCAAGCCAAAAUAAAAAGGAUCUGCUGAACAUAUUGGACCGGGUGCCCACUUUUGUGCAAACACUACAAUUCACCGUGAAAGAUCAUACGGUUGGCAAGGAUGCGACAUUUGUUAAAGUGGAUCAUGUUAUACGUGAAACAAAGAAUCUUAUGAGUGUAAUUAACAAGGUUGUAACAAAAUGUUUUGAAUGUGCGACUAAGUACAAAUUAGACCUUAGCGGUCUCUCGGGCGGCUUGUCAUCUUCGGGCGCUUUGGGUGGUGACGAUAACAAUGCGGGCGGCAUGGGGGACUCGAAAGGCACCACCAGCAGUUCGGAGGGCAGCAUGUGACAUUACGGUAUGGCUCGUAGAGCCAAGGGUGAUGCACGUCGUACGAGAGUGUCGUUUUUAUUAUUUUAGCUAAAUCUGCGUUUACAACAACAACCACGACGACUAUCUAAAUUUGAAAAAUCAAUUAGAGAAAAAUCUAUAUUCAUAUACAUUUUGUUAUCUAUUGUGUAUGUAUGUAAUUCAUAUGAUGAAUUAUUGAUGUUAUGUUAUACUAUCUAAGUAGUAAAUAUUAAAAUUAAAAAGAGAAAAACAAAAACAAAAACAAAAACAAAAACUAAAUUCACAAACAAAAUAAUUCUCAAUUUAAAAUUGUAAUGAAGCUAAUGUACGUAUUUUGAGGUUGAUAGAUGUUGUUUUGCCCCUUUUUAUGCAUGUACAAACAUUUCUUGGCAUUAUUGCUUCAAAUUCAAAUUUAUCAUUAAAACAAAUGGCUAUAUUAUGUAAUUACUUCGAUUUUUGUUUCUUAAUAUAUAAAUGAAUAAAUAUAUAUGUAUACA